GCAUCAGCGAGGAGCUUAUAUCAGACGCUCAUGUCUGCAUGAGCCGCUUCUUCGAUAUGCCUCUCUCCGAAAAACAGAGGGUUUUGAGAAAACCCGGCGAGAGUUGUGGCUACGCAAGCAGUUUCACGGGACGCUUCUCCACCAAGCUUCCAUGGAAGGAGACCCUUUCUUUCCGGUUUUGCGACGGCGAGACACACCCAAAAACCGUUCAAGAUUACUUCAGCGAUGCGUUGGGACAUGAGUUUGAGCCAUUUGGGAAGGUGUACCAAGAGUAUUGUGAGGCAAUGAGUUCUCUGUCACUGAAGAUCAUGGAGCUUUUGGGGCUAAGUUUAGGAGUAAACCGAGACUAUUUUAGAGAGUUUUUCGAAGAAAAUGAUUCGAUAAUGAGACUGAAUUACUACCCUCCAUGUCAGAAACCAGAUCUUACAUUAGGCACAGGACCGCAUUGUGAUCCAACUUCUCUUACCAUCCUUCACCAAGACCAUGUUGAUGGCCUUCAAGUCUUUGUCGAAAAUCAAUGGCGCUCUAUUCGUCCCAAUCCCAAAGCCUUUGUGGUCAAUAUCGGAGAUACUUUCAUGGCUCUAUCGAACGAUAGAUACAAGAGCUGCUUGCACCGGGCAGUGGUGAACAGCGAGAGCGAGAGGAAAUCACUUGCAUUCUUCUUGUGUCCCAAAAAAGACAAAGUAGUGAAGCCACCAAGAGAGCUUUUGGACAGCAUCACAUCAAGGAAAUACCCUGACUUCACAUGGGCUAUGUUCCUUGAGUUCACUCAGAAACAAUAUAGAGCAGACAUGAACACUCUCCAAGCCUUCUCAGAUUGGCUCACCAACAAACCCAUCUAAUAAAUGUAAAACAAAUAUCUAUGUCUUGUCUUGUUAGUUACUAUCUUUUUUUUUUUUUUUGGAUUUCAUGUAUAUGGUAAGA